AUGGCGUCAACGUUCAGCUUCGGCUUCUCCGGCGACGAUAUCGACAUGGACGUCGACAAUGAUGUCGAAGUUGAAGCUGGGAACAACGUAUCCGAGAAGCCUAAUACAGAAGAUACAAACGCGCCUAAUUCAUCUUUCCCAGCUGUAAGGCAUGCGCUGGAAGAUUGGACAAAAAACCUUCCCUCCCAAAUAUCAUACAAUACAUUAAAACUCGGCAUAUCAAGCCAAGAUGAAAACAAUAAAAAAACAAUAACAGUCGCCCGCCGUGAGCUCUUCGACGUGCGCACUCAACUCAUGGCCGAAGACGACGCCGAGGACCUCGCAACUGACAAUGCGGAGUUGAUUGCUGGCCUAGAGCAAGGAGACCUAAAGCCGAAUUUUUACGAAGGUGGAUUCAAGACGUGGGAGUGUUCGCUAGAUCUUGCGGAUGUUCUUUUGACUUCUGUCGAGAUUGGUGCCAGUGUUGAAGAGGGCGAGGAUGUCCAUGUUAUUGAACUCGGCUGUGGGACGGCGGUGCCUUCUUUGAUGCUUUUUGCAAAGAUAUUAUUGUCGUUGACGUCGACGGACCGGCCAGGGAAGAAGAGGUAUCGCUUCACGAUGGCAGAUUACAAUUCUACGGUUUUGAGGAUGGUCACGUUGAGUAACUUCCUGUUGACAUGGUGGGUUAAUUCUCCUUCUUCGCCGAAGGCGACUACAACCCCUGCUGAAGAACCGGUGGACGGCAAUGAUGAGGAAGAGGGGGAAUUAGAUAUUGACACUACCCUGGUCGACACAUUUCAAAAUGAUCUUGCGAAUAGAGGGAUAGAGAUUGAUUUUAUAUCGGGCGGCUGGUCGGCGGAGUUUGUCCAAUUGGUUCUGAAUCCUGUUGGUCAAGAAGCUGCGAAUAUGUCUUCUACACUCAUUCUCGCUAGUGAGACGAUAUACUCUCCUUCGUCUCUGGGCGUGUUUUCAGAGACGGUGCUGGAUCUGUUACGCCACUCUGUGGGCAGUGAGGAGCCGACCAAAAAUAAGAGUACGGCACUGAUUGCGGCGAAAAAGGUGUAUUUUGGUGUGGGAGGGGGCGUGGAUGAGUUUUUGCAGGUUUUGGAUCAGCAGCCAUUACAAGAUAAGGAGUCUGUUCGGGUGCAGGAGCGGAGAGAGAUAACCUCUGGGGGGGUGAAGAGGGUGGUGUUAGAGAUAGGCAUAGAGAGAAACUGA